AUGUCGCAAUCGGAUGCGAAUGCGCCCAAUGGUGCACUGCCGAGCUACCAACCACAAAUGUCAGUGCAAGCUCCUCGGAGGGAUGUUUCUUCUGGGCCUCUAUUAGGCGGAUCCUACAAGCUUGUAAAGAAAAUAGGGGAGGGCGCAUAUGGUGUUGUCUAUUCCGCGAUUCAUGUACCUACAUCUACACGCGUUGCCGUGAAGCGAAUUACGCCUUUUGAUCACCAAAUGUUCUGUUUGCGUACCCUGCGUGAGAUCAGGCUGCUCCGCCAUUUUCAUCACGAAAACAUUAUAUCCAUCCUCGAUAUCUUACCGCCCGCUUCAUUUGAGCAAUUUACCGACGUAUAUCUCGUACAGGAACUCAUGGAAACGGAUCUUCACAGGAUUAUACGUACGCAAGAUCUGUCCAACGACCAUUUCCAGUACUUUGUGUACCAGAUUCUGCGUGGACUCAAGGCGCUGCAUUCGGCCGGUGUCUUGCAUCGCGAUCUGAAACCAUCCAACCUCCUCCUCAAUGCGAACUGCGAUAUGAAGAUCUGUGAUUUCGGUCUUGCUCGCAGUGCAGAGCAGCCUGAAGCUGAGAAUAAGGCAUACUUAACAGAGUAUGUGGCAACAAGGUGGUAUCGAGCACCAGAAAUCAUGCUUUCCUUCAAGGAGUAUACCAAGGCGAUUGACUUAUGGUCUGUUGGCUGCAUUUUCGCGGAGAUGCUGACGGGCCGCCCUCUCUUCCCCGGUCGCGACUACCACCAUCAACUGUCUCUGAUUCUUGGCGUCCUUGGUACACCGUCGCUGGACGACUUUUACUCCAUCACUUCUUCUCGAUCAAGAGACUAUAUACGUUCUUUGCCUUACUGCGACCGGGCCAAUUUUGCUGAGCUGUUCCCACGAGCUGAACCAUUAGCGCUCGAUUUGCUUGAGAAGCUACUGGCUUUUUCGCCAAAGAAGCGCAUCACAGUGGAAGAAGCACUUGCUCACCCAUACCUGGAGCCUUACCAUGAUCCGAGUGAUGAGCCAGAUGCUGAUCCAUUGGAUCCAAAAUUUUUCGACGCCGACUUUUCCAAGGAGCCACUGACUCGCGCCCAGCUCAAGGAACUGAUCUAUCGGGAAAUAACGCACUAA